AUGUCAUCUCCUAGCGAAGGGUUAUACCCUCUAGGAGGGUUCUCCAAUUUUCUGCAGUCAAACCCAUAUGUUAACCAUCCUAAUGGAAAUGAAAAUUUUCACUUGGUUGGUGUUGGAAUGAUAAGUCAGUCUUCAGUGUCACCAAUUGACCAAGGUGCUACAAGAACUCCCUCUCCAGCACAGGAAACUCAUGAACAAGGGGAUGAUUUAGAUGUGCAAGAAGAUCAAACAAUUAAUGUCGAUGAUGAUUCUAGAACCGCGAAGCGUUUGCUUUGGAAUGUCCCUGACGACAUACGAUUGGCCUCUGCUUGGCUGCGCUGUUCGAAGGACCCAAUAGAUGGAAAUGACAAGAAGUCAGAUGCUUAUUGGGCAGAUGUUACCAGUGAAUAUAACAAGACCGCAGAAAGUAGUCGUAAGAGGAACAGAAACCAACUGAAAAUACGUUGGGAUCGCUCUAAAAAACCAUUAACUGAUUUUCAUGGAGUUUGGGUUAAUGCUACUAGAGUGUGGCAAAGUGGGAUGAGUGAUGAUCAGUUAACUGAUAAAGCAUUAGAGAUGUGGGCUGGGCAAAAUGAUGGUAAGGCCUUCCAUCUACAGCAUAUGUGGAAGGUACUACGUGGUCAACAGAAGUGGUCAGCAUAUCUUGCUAGGUUAAAGAAGGAACAUGAAAAGAGUGCGAAGGCUAAUGGAGCUCAUUUGGUGAAUUUGGAUCUAGAUGGAGAAAAGAGGCCUGUGGGACACAAGAAAGCAAAAAAAGAACAAAAUGGCAAAAAGAAGUCAUCUGAUGCUUUGGCUGAUUUUAGUGGCAAAUUUGAGAAGUUCAUUGAAGCAACCACAAAGAGUAAGGAAGACCUAGAAAAGAUGGCUGAAAUUCAGCAAAGCUUGGCUGAUAAGAAAAUUGAAGCAGCUAGGCUUAACAGUGAAGCAACUCAUGAACAAACAAAGGGUAAAAUGCUAGAAACUUACACACAGCUGCUGCUUGCGCCUACUGAUCAGCUUACUGAAGAUGCUAAGGCUGAGAGAAAAUUGGCACUUGAGAGCCUGAGACUUGCUUUAUUUCCUAAGGUAUGA